AUGAGAGACGAAGUACGGUCAUGCUGUCUCCGGACGAAGACCGCGUUAAAAAAGAUCAUAACGUUUAUCGUUUCUCAUGUGGGACUUUGCGUGCUGGUUGGUCUCUAUGCCAUUGGUGGGGCAUUCAUGUUCCGAGAGAUCGAAUACCCUUAUGAGAAGACAUUCCAGGGACAUAUCAAGAACAAAACACGGGAGGUCGUCGAAGAUCUAUACGACUACGUGAAGGCCCAAGAUGUCAUCGAGGAAGCAGCCGUAAAAGCAAAAAUGUUCGAUCUCCUGAAACAUUUCGAACGAAACCUCACCAAUGCCGUCAACUACGAAGGCUACGACGAUUCCGAUGAGCACCGGACAACCCAGAAAUUCCAAUGGACAUUUUCCGGGGCGCUUCUUUAUUCGAUCACCGUGUUUACAACGAUCGGUUAUGGGCACAUUUGCCCGAAGACCGUUCAAGGAAGAGUGCUCACCAUUUUCUACUCGAUGCUCGGCAUCCCAUUGAUGCUCCUUUGUCUUGCCAAUAUCGCCGAGAGUUUGGCCUCCGUGUUCACCUACAUCUACUUCAAAGUCUGUUGCGCCUACUGUCGAUGGCAGAAAAACCGACGCCGGAUACGCAGGGCAGCCUUGUCCUUCCGCUACCAUCCAAAUGCCGCGAUUAAUGUCAAACGAGCCCAAUCAUCCCGUUCGGCCCAGCGGUAUAAUACUGUAAAGCGGCACACUUCCUUGAAUCGCCCUCGACGUCCUUUGAGUGAUACUAAGAGCGUUCGAUCAUUUGAUCGUCGAUAUGAUACUCAGCCGAGCGGCCAAAUGCAAAAAUCGAAUACCGCUGUCAAUAUUGAUUUGAUCGAGCUCGAGGAGCGGAGAUUGAGAAGACCGCAUAAGGGUAGACAUGCUGUCAGUGAAAGCCCGGCUCGACAAAUUAGGGGCGGUAUCGUUGUGCGCGGGCGCGAAGGUGAUGGAGUUCUGGAUUUGAAGGACUUUACACAAGGGCCAUUGGCCGAUUUGACCAGGCAAAGCAGCGAUCGUGCCAGGGUACCAGGAGGCUCUUUCCGAAGGAGAUUGCGUGAAGAACAACAUGGCACAGUGCCUAAUGUUAUUAUAUCCAGGGAUGACGAACAGAAAAUCAAUAGUGAUGUGGAGAAGGAGGAAACGAGUGCACAGUUGUCCUUCUCUGAUGACGAUCUGCAUUACGAUCCUGAUAGGGAUAGGCCGAAACGGGUGCACGGCCGUGACCCACUACGAGAAUUACAAAGGGACGCUUAUAUCGCGUCAAAGCAGAACUCUUUGGAUACAAAUAGUGGAAGAGGGUAUCGCUUACGUGAUGAAUUGGACGAAGGAAAAUCAUACCGUUCACAACGCAGCGAUCAAAGAAGCGAUGAAUUGUCGCUGCAUUCCACGCGACGUCAGCCCUACGAACAAGAAGAAGAAAGGAUGCCUGUUACGGUCGGAAUUUGCAUCGUUACGGCAUUCAACGUCGGUGGAGCCAUUCUAUUCGCAGCCUGGGAGGGCUGGAGCAUUUUCGAUGGGGCUUACUACUGUUUCAUCACUCUCAGCACAAUCGGUUUUGGUGACAUCGUUCCGGGACAAUCGGUCGAUGACGAUGCCCAGGAAAAGCUGCUGGGCUGCGCUUUAUAUCUUCUUUUUGGAAUGGCAUUAAUUGCUAUGUGUUUCAAAUUGAUGCAGGAUGACGUCGUCCAAAAGGCUAGAUGGCUGGGGCAGAAAGUGGGAAUUUUGGUCAAAGAAGAAUUGACCGAUUCCGAGUCUGACCUUGAUGAUGAUGAUAUUUUGGAAGAGGACGAUGAAGACGAUGUAUUGUCGGAAGAAAAGACGGAUCAGGAUAAAAGAACAAUCUCAUCCGGAUCUUCAAAAGCACGCGACGAAGAGCAACGGCGCCCGAGAAGACGA